CACCCUCGCUGCGUUCCUGUCGGACGCCCGCCGGGCCAAGAGCUGCCUCCUGGUCACCCUGAUGCACGAAAGGCUUCUCUUUACCUCAACUGUGCCUGAUCGACACGGAGGUGAGCGAGCGGAAGGUCCCGGAGCCUGUGAUUUGCUGGGGACUUUGGUCUCGAUACGACGUCGAAUGUAUACGGCGAUGGGAAAGGACAUGUGCGCCGGACUUGCGACGGACGACGAUGUCGAAGAAGAGGAGGUAGACGUGAGAUAGCAGCCAGAGACUCAGGUAUAAAGCAGGACUCGAAUCCAAAAGAAUCCAGCUCAUCAUCUCCAUCCUCAUCUCCAUCCAUCUCUCAGGACAAUUCCAUCGUCUCUUGCUCAACAGCCAACAUGCGUUUCGCUACUGUCUCUGCUGCCCUCGCUGCUUUCGCCUCCACCGCUGCGGCGGUGCCUGUGAGCGAUGCUGCUGCUGCUGCUCCCUCUCUCAGCGUCAAGCUGAGCCAGGUCGACAACACGCGCGUGAAGGCCGUCGUGACCAACUCCGGCAAGGACGACGUGGACUUUGUGCACCUGAACUUCUUCCGCGACAGCGCCCCCGUCAAGAAGGUGUCUGUCUUCCGCGGCAAAAACGAAGUCCAGUUCGAGGGCGUCAAGCGCCGCUUCCGCAUGAACGGCCUCACCAAGGAAGCCAUCACCUCGCUGAAGGCCGGCGACUCCAUCGAAGACGAAUUCGACAUCGCCUCGACCGCCGACCUGGCCAACGGCGGCGCCAUCACGCUCAACAGCCAGGGGUUCGUCCCCGUCGUCAAAGAUGGCAAGGUGUCGGGCUACAUCCCGUUCAAAUCCAACAGCCUCUCCGUGGACGUCGACGGCCCCAAGGCCAGCAAGAUCGCUAAGGCCAUCGCCAAGAACCUGCGCCGCACCAGCCUCGAGAGCUGCUCGGGCAGCCAGAAGUCCGCGCUCGAGAAGGCCCUCAGCAACGCGGCGGACCUGGCCACCCAGGCCGCGGACGCCGCGGAGUCCGGCGACGCCGACAAGUUCGAAGAGUACUUCAAGACGACGGACAAGUCGACCCGCUCCGAGGUGGCGGAGCGGUUGCGCGCCGUCGCGAAGGAGGCGUCUUCCACCUCGGGCGGUGCCACGAAGUACUACUGCGAGGAUACGCUCGGAUACUGCGAGCCUAAUGUCCUGGCGUACACGCUGCCGUCGCAGGACGUCAUUGCCAACUGCGAUAUCUACUACUCGGAGCUGCCGGCCAUGGCGCAGUCUUGCCAUGCCCAGGACCAGGCCACUACGACCCUGCAUGAGUUUACCCACGCUCCUGGUGUCUACUCGCCCGGUACUGAUGACCUGGGAUACGGGUAUGAUGCGGCGACGAAGCUGAGCACGAAGGAUGCGCUGAACAAUGCGGAUUCGUAUGCGCUGUAUGCGAAUGCUGUCGAGUUGGACUGCUAGAUGCAUUCACUGCAUUAUCUAUGCAUGGGAUACCUAGGUGGAAGAGGGAUUGGAUUGGACGGUUGAAUGACCGGUUACUACUGUAUAUGGAGAAGAAU